UCGAUGCGUACCCCGUUACAAAGUAAUGGUGCAUAUACCUUCAAGCGAAACCUGCUACCUUCGCGGUUUGUGGUGAGCCAGUCUAUUGCCAACUCGCGAGAUUAACUGAAGUGGUCCUCGGAUUUAGUUCGCGGUAAACAGUUGUUCCUUAUCUUCCUCGCACUUUUUGUGCGUCCUGAGCGUUUCAUCUCCAGACCGGCGGUUCUGGACGUGCAGGACUUUUUGUGUAGGCCACACCAACAACAGAAUCAGCCGCGAACCGCGGAGAGGAAUCGCGGCGAGAAGGCGCUGCCAAGCCGGGCCCAACGUAUAAGUCGGAUAUUGCUCGUCGGAAGAGAUUUACUUCGCGAGAGCGCGAGCGCGUCUACACAACUCCCUUUUUUCAAGCGUCGAUCCCUUCGCCGAGGGCAGCCCCAAUCACACGCGCUCGUGUGUGUGUGUGUGUGUUUGCUCCCUGCAGCAGCCCGUUUUCGCCCGCCUCGCCUCCGUCCGUCCGGUGUGUAGUGUUUGUCGAAAGGGGACCAGUCCAACGAACGCGCCAGCCAUGACGCUCAGUCUAACACUGACGCUCUGUCAAAGGAGUGGUGCCGCGAGCUCUCGGGGCCUUCAACUACUGCGCCCGGGAAGUGUGUGCAUUGGACGCGCGGCCUCAUCAGCACACCAGCAUCAUCCAGCGACCGUGUCCGCUAUCAAUCAGACCCAACAGCAGCAGCAGCAAAGCCGGCGCUCGAUUGUGACGAUGGCGUGCGUUCAGCAGCAGCAGCGAUGCGUGUCAAUCGACAACAUCAACCCGGCGAUCAAAACCAUGGAGUAUGCGGUCCGUGGCCCGCUGGUCGCCCGCGCCGGUGUGAUCGAGAAGGAGCUGGAGCAGGGUGCGAAGAAACCGUUCAAGGAAGUAAUCCGCGCCAACAUCGGUGACUGCCACGCCAUGGGCCAACCACCGAUUACCUUCAUCCGCCAGGUGCUCGGACUGGUGUCCUAUCCGCCGCUGUUCAAGGACCCGAACAUCCCGGAGGAUGCGAAGCAGCGUGCGCAAGGUAUCCUUGACGGCUGCAAGGGUGGCUCGGUGGGCUCGUACUCCGACUCGGCCGGAAUCGAGGUGAUCCGGCGGCACGCGGCCGAGUACAUCGAGCGGCGCGACGGUGGCAUCCCGGCCGACUGGAACAACAUCAUCCUGUCGGCGGGCGCGUCCGGCGGCAUCAAGGUGCUGAUGGCGCUGCUGCGCUGCCCGAUCGACGGCAAGAAGCCGGGCGUGAUGAUCCCGAUCCCGCAGUACCCGCUCUACUCGGCGACGAUCGCCGAGUUUGACAUGGAGCAGAUCGGCUACUACCUGGACGAGGCGAACAAGUGGGGCCUGGACAUUGGUGAGCUGGAGCGCUCGCUGGCGGAGGCGCGCAAGACGUCGGCCCCGCGCAUUCUGGUUGUGAUCAACCCGGGCAACCCGACCGGCCAGGUGCUGUCGCGCGACAACAUCGAGCAGAUCAUCAAGUUUGCGCAGCGCGAGCGGCUGGUGCUGUUCGCCGACGAGGUGUACCAGGACAACGUGUACGAGGCUGGUUCGAAGUUCCACUCGUUCAAGCGCGUCAUGAUGGAGAUGGGCGAGCCGUACAGCAAGAUGGAGCUGUGCAGCUUCAUGUCCUGCUCGAAGGGUUACAUGGGCGAGUGCGGCAUUCGCGGCGGGUACGCCGAGAUCGUCAACCUGUGCCCGGACGUGCGGGCGAUGCUGCUGAAGUGCAUCUCGGCCCAGCUCUGCCCGACCACCGCCGGCCAGGCCGUGCUCGACUGCGUGGUCAACCCGCCCCGGCCCGGCGAACCCUCGUACGAACUGUUCGCGAAGGAGAAGGCGGCCGUGCUCGAGUCGCUCCGUGACCGGGCCGAGCUGGUCGCCCGCACCUUCAACUCGAUCGAGGGCUUCUCAUGCAAUCCGGUGCAGGGUGCCAUGUACGCGUUCCCCCAGAUCCGGCUGCCCCCGAAGGCGCUCGAGGCGGCCAAGGCGGACGGUAAGCCGGCCGACACUUUCUACGCAUUCCAGCUGCUCGAGGAAACCGGUAUCUGCAUCGUGCCCGGCUCCGGCUUCGGACAGCGCCCAGGAACGUACCACUUCCGCACCACCAUUCUGCCCCAGCCGGAAAAGCUGAAGGAGAUGCUCGGACUGUUCAAGUCGUUCCACGAGAAGUUCCUGGCGAAGUACAAGUAAUCCUCGGUCGGGGGGCCCCGGUCGCGUCUAUUUCGCUUUUCGCAUCUGGAUGCCGUAACCCGUGAGACACACGCACACACACACAUAGUCACAAACACAUGCAACACACACGGCAAACGUUACGCGCCGUCUUUAGCGAAACAACAACGAAACACCCGGAAAGCGAAUGCACUUUUACUAAGAUAAGAACGAUGACCACUUGCCGAGGGUGAGGAGUGGUGGAAAAAGUUGGCGUACAGACAAGGCCCGACGGAUGGAGCACACACAAUACACACAUACACACAUUGGUACACAUAUCGGAAAUCGAUGCAGUUUGCGGUGACCGUUUGACUCAAUUCCGGAAGCCGGAAGCCGGAGCAUUACGCGCUAUCAAUCGUUCGGCUGUGCAUACCUGCAUUAUCUCAGCGUCUUGUUUAGUUCCGUUAUUGAGUCGAAAGCGUCGAAAAAGAAAUUCCAAAAUAAUAUUAUUCGAAGCAAUCAAAUUGCGGCAGAUAGGAGAAAAGAAGGGCUUAGCGCACGCAAGCAACGCGGCGUCUGGGGCGAGCGGACAGGGAUAAGCGGUGUAAGGAGAUGCCGAAAGCAGGUGGUUAAUCAAGAUUUCUCGUAGAUUGUAGGCAAUUUACAAUAGUAUCCAAGUGGUGCUACCCCGCAGCUGUUUUGAAGUAUAGUCGUUUUAAACAUGAAAUCGUUCCCUUAGUCACCGUGUCUGUCCAGUGUGUGUUUAAUGUACGUGUAUGCACUAUAUAAGUAUAUAUCUCGCCCCUGCAACCGUCGCGUACGGUAGGCAAACUUUAAGCGAAAAGAAAACGCGAAAGUCCAAACCUCGGCUUUCAUGCAACAAGGGUAAACGCAGUUCUUAAAAUAUGCAUCACAAAAUGUCUGUUUCUGUUUUUAAAAUGUUUUUUUUUUCCUCUAUGUAUAGAUCUAUUGUUUGUAUGCUUUAUGCGCACCGGUGCGUGCGGACCAAUAAAACGAGACGAAAAUCGU